AUGGAUUUCGAAUCGCCCGACCAGACAAAGGCCCUUCAGGCCUGUGUAGCAUGUCGCAAGCAAAAACGACGAUGUGACAAGGUGCUUCCCAGCUGUGGGUUGUGUGUGCGAAUGUCUCGACCGUGCGACUACAGUGAGAGCAACCCGAGCCCCAACGCGGACGACUUUGCAGUGAUGCGACAGAAGAUUGCGGACCUGGAGGCUCGGCUUGAAGGACGACGGGCGGACUCCGGGUGGUACGAGCCCAUGCGAUCGGUCAGCAAGAGUCCGGCGACGAAUUCCAGUUCCAACUCUGGCAGCGGAAACGAGAGCUCCAGCUUCGUGUCAGCGGCGUUUUUCCUCGACGCCGAAGUCUUCUCCCAGGCGAAAUUGAGCAUUCCGCGGCCGUCCCUGACGGUGCCUACGGAUGUGAUGGGCGCGCUGGGGACUUCGAUCCGCGACGUGCACGAUGUGGUCGAUCGGUAUUUCGCCAAUAUCCACACGUGGCUGCCCUUCGUCUCCAAGAAGCGGAUGGAGUUGAAGCUGUCGAACCCUGCUCUCGACCUGGCCGCCGACUUCAGUCUCCUGCUUCUUGCCAUGAAGCUGAUCAUUCAGGCUCCGGCGGGCGGGGCACACAGUGUUCGAUCACCCCUGUACGCACUGACGAAACGAUACUUCGCGUUGCUCGAAUACAGCGGGUUCAUCUCGUUACACACGUUACAGGCCGACAUAUUGAUCGCAGCAUACGAGAUAGGCCACGCCAUAUACCCGGCGGCGUAUCUGACCACCGGCCACUGUGCCAGACUGGGCCAUGCGUUGGGUCUCAAUGAUCGCACACGUGCACCUCAGUAUAGCUGGAAGAGAGCGAGUUCCUGGGCCGAGGCCGAGGAGGUGAAGCGGACGUGGUGGGCAACCAUGCUGCUGGAUCGUUAUGUCAACCUGGGCACUUGGGGCCACCCUUUGGCCACCGACGAUCCCCAUAGAAACGAUGUGCUCCCCGCGGACGAUGAUAUGUGGGAUGAAGGAGAAGUCACCACCAGCGAACCUUUAUACGUGUCGUCCCCGACCAAUGUGAGAGCGGCGCCAUUCGCGCGAACAUGUCAGGCAACCCAUCUGCUGGGCAGACUGAUCCGCUUGAUGAAUGAUCGACUCCUCGACUCCCCGUUGCGAUUUACCGAAGCGAUCCAUCUGUUCCGCACGCUUCAAGCGUUGUCAAAGCUAUUGGAGGAUGAUGUGCAACGGUCGCCCAUGCGCUACGUGACCGCCCUGGCCUUGUGCUACGGAGCAUUGUUGCAUCUCUCGGAUCCGUUUUCAUGUACGGACACGAACCGAGGCGACCACACGGUGGAAGAGACGGAGAUGCAGACUCUGGCCAUUUCCGGGCUGAAGCCGACCGCUGCCGACAUUCUGCAAUUCAGCCAGCUCCUGAUGUCGAGCAUGCCGACAAGCACUGCUGGGAUCAGUCCGUUGAUCUGCGACAGUCUCUAUGUCGCGGCAUCCACCUACGCAUGGCUUGCUCACGAGUCCGGGUUGAGAGAAAUGGGCGAAGCUUAUCACGCACUCAGAAGAUCGUUGGAGACUAUCAAUUGCCGUUGGACCGCGGCGGGUUACUAUAUUGGUCUCCUCGAUAAGGCGAAAGAAACCUCGUACCCGGACAACCCAUUGCUGUGA